AUAUAUAUAUAUAUGAACUGUAAAUUCUCAUCAACAUCUCGUGAUCUCGUCUGAAAACCAAUUAAACCCUAAAUCGAGAAAAUCCAUCCUUGAAUCAACCUCGAAUUUCAGCUCUACGGUGUAAGAAAUGGCAGCAGGCGGAGCCGCACCCCAGAGAGGAACUGCAGCAGCAGCUGCAGCUAAUCUUCGCCGGAGAAGAACAGCCGGUGGCGGAGGUGCUGCCGGAGGAGCCGGUGGAACCAUGCUUCAGUUCUACACGGAUGACGCUCCAGGACUCAAGAUUUCUCCCAAUGUCGUGCUUGUAAUGAGCAUCGGAUUUAUAGCUUUUGUCGCCAUACUUCAUGUCAUGGGUAAGCUUUACUUUGUCCGCAAAGAGUAAAAGAUUGGAUUAAGCAAAGCAUGGGAUAGUUGUAAAACUAAAAAAAUCCUUCGUAUUACCUAUGGGACAUUUUUCAGUACUUUUUUUUGUUGAAUUAUCAAUUUUCCUUAUUGAUCUUUAAGAAAGAUUUUAUAUUUAAAUUUUCAA